UGGCGGGGGCGCGCCGCCGCCAUCUCGUGCGCGCGCCUGGACAUGGAUGCAGAUGAUACAGGAAAUCGACUUCGAUUCCAGCUGGAGUUGGAGUUUGUUCAAUGUCUGGCAAAUCCAAAUUACCUCAACUUUCUUGCACAAAGAGGCUACUUCAAAGACAAAGCUUUUGUAAAUUAUCUUAAAUAUUUACUUUAUUGGAAAGAACCUGAAUAUGCAAAAUACCUGAAGUAUCCUCAGUGUUUGCAUAUGUUAGAGCUGCUCCAGUAUGAACAUUUCCGCAAAGAACUGGUCAAUGCUCAGUGUGCCAAAUUUAUUGAUGAGCAACAGAUCCUCCACUGGCAGCACUAUUCCCGGAAAAGGAUGCGCCUCCAGCAGGCACUGGCUGAGCAGCAGCAGCAAAAUAACACCUCUGUAAAAUGAAAAGCACGUGAAGUAGUCAUGAUAAGGUGUACUUUGCGUCAGUGAACUAUUUACAGGAGAGGAAUGAACCCUUGUGUAGGUUUGGCUCUGGAUGUGUGUCCCUUUAAUUUGGAUUUAUCAAAUGACUAGAGUUGUUUUUGUUUCGUCAGCGCCUUUAGAGACUAAUAAACACCUAAUGCAAUUUA